GCAGGAAUACUAAAAGAAAAGAAUGCCAGUAACACAGGAGAUUAUGCGUGCCGUAAAACCAGAGAUUCUUUUCGCGAACAUAAAAGUGAGACUAGGCCAGAUAAAAUUAUCGAGUUGGUUAAGAAAGCUGAACAUGAAUUAGAUGUGGUAAAGAGACAAGGAUAUUUGAAUAGUCUUUAUACUGUAGACAAAUUAGUUGUUGAGGAAUUGAAAGGUAGUGACGUUACAAGGUUGAGAGGUGAAAAUUAA